CUCACAGCAAGAGCUUUGGGUGCUGGUUCCUGCCACAGCCCAGAGAACAUUUAGAAGGUAGAAGAUCCACCUUCAACUUAAGACAUUUGGUCUUUUUAUGAGAAGACAUGAAGAGAAUGUUCCAGAUUGUACUGGGGAUUCAUCUCAGAGCCUUUUGAUUGCUAGGCUAAGACACUAGGUUGGCAAUACCAACGUUACAUAGGUAUUAAGACAAGAACAGGAAACAACACUUGAAAAGACUUUACAGAUGGCACCAGCCUAUCGUCUGCAGUGCACCAAUCAUUGGUUCUAUCUCAGGAUUAAGGCCACGUUAUUCCCCAAUAUUUUUAUGGAACCUGAUGAAGUGUUUUUAGGAAUCGGCUGUCCCGUGAACACCGUCUGGCCAAACGAUGUCUAUGACUUUACCUACCGUACUUACUCCUGCGGCAUUGUCAAUAAAGUUCUUGGUGAUGUCACUCUGCUUCAGACUAAACUUACAUAUAUCUCAAAAAACUCUACUGCACGAGCUGAGAUGCUUCUGUCCUGUGUGAUGCACAGUCGGUAUCCUCUUUUCUGUGAAGCUGAGAGUAAAGGAGAUUUCACUGGCAAUCCUCCUGCAUGGGAAGUAGAUAUGACAAUGCCCAGAAAUGAGCAAGCUGCUCCUGCAGUUCCACCAAACUUUUCUACAUCAAGUGAAGAGCCCCAGGGCUCUAGAACCAUCAAGCUUCAGCCUGCUGAAGAAUCUAGCUUCAUGGAUCAGAAGUUGUCACUUCUCCAUUUCUCCAGAGUGCACACAGUUUGAUGUCUUCUCUCAUCCAUUUUUUUAAAAGUGACUAAUUUGCAAUAAAAUGAUGUGCUAUCUUCAUAUAUUAUCAUUUUUAAAAGAUGUUCCUGCUUUUAGCUUAUCGAAUCUGAUUAAUGAAUAAAAAUUUUCCAUUAA